AUGGUGAUCAGUGUCGACCAAAAUACUACUCUUCUGAUCUCAAUAUCAAGCCAUAGGGCCGAUGGUGUUGACAUCGCAAGGCUGAAACUGUGGUACCGCACCUGCAUCCUCGAGUACAUACUCGCAGCAGAGUACCUAUUCUGCUCCGUACCACACCUGCAAGCCACACCGGACGCAUCUCCAGCAUCGGAGGUGCGCGUUCAUCCAAUCAACGGCGACACAAUAGGUACAUAA